UAAGAGGGUUUGUUUUCCCCCUCCAUCGCCUUCCCUUCUCCUCUUCUUGGCUCUCUCGCGCGGAAGAGAGAGAGAACCCAAGCAGCUCUCUAUCUCUCACAAUACAUACAAGAAGUUUCUCUUUCCUUCUCUAUCUCUAUCUCCAUCUCCAUUUGAUAUAUAUUCCUUCUGAUUCAGCGUAUCGCUCAGCUGAAUCUCCUUCGCUUUCUUCUUCAAGUUCUGAAUCGGGCGGCUGAGAUUGUUUUCCUAUUUUAUCUGAGCGAAAGAUCCGAGGUAUGCAGCAGGCUGAUCCGACGGUGCUGAGCUUGAGACCUGGUGGCGGUCGCGGCGGCAGACUCCUUGGUCCUUCUUCUUCCUCUUCCAAUUCUGCCCUUGCUUUCGGUUCCGUUUCCUCCGAUCUCUCCAUCCUCCGUCCUCAUGGCGGCGCUCCUUCUCCUUUCUCCCUGAAGACUGGAGACUUGCGGUUUGAGGGUCGUGAGCGUGUGCGGUACACUCGUGACCAGCUGUUACAGCAUAGGGAGGCUGUUGAAGUCCCUGAUGAUGUUCUAAAGAUCAAACGAGAAAUUGAAGCUGAAUUUUUUGGUGAAGAACAAAAUUGGGGUCGUGGAGAAACCAAUUUCCUCCUCCAGCCCCAACAGAAUCCUCAGAAUCGUUAUUCUGAGCCAGAUAAUCGUGACUGGCGUGGCCGAUCUGCGCAAUUUCCUACCUCUGGAGAGAGCAGGGAAGUUGGUGGUCGAUUUGACUCUAGACAGCCAGACGACAAUCAACUUAACCGCCAAGACCAACUCAACUUCCAAUUUCAAAGGGCCCAGAUCUCUUCCCAAGGGGGAGGACCUGCUCCUGCACUAGUCAAGGCUGAAGUGCCAUGGUCGGUCAGAAGGGGAAGCCUCUCUGAGAAGGAACGCGUCCUGAAGACUGUGAAGGGGAUUUUGAACAAGCUUACACCUGAGAAGUUUGAUCUGCUCAAGGGCCAGCUUAUUGAUUCUGGCAUUACAUCAGCUGAUAUCUUGAAGGAUGUUAUUUCGCUAAUAUUUGAUAAGGCUGUGCUGGAGCCCACAUUUUGUCCCAUGUAUGCUCUUCUAUGUUUUGAUCUUAGUGAAAAGCUCCCCCCUUUCCCAUCUGAUGAACCUGGUGGUAAAGAAGUUACUUUCAAGCGAGCCCUCUUGAAUAACUGCCAGGAGGCUUUUGAAGGUGCUGACAAACUGAGGGAAGAAGUGAGGCAGAUGGCGCCUGAGCAAGAGAUGGAGCGGAGGGAUAAAGAAAGAUCAGUCAAGAUUCGGAUUCUUGGAAAUAUCCGUCUAAUUGGAGAGCUCCUGAAGCAGAAGAUGGUACCUGAAAAGAUUGUCCAUCACAUUGUUCAGGAGCUUCUAGGACCUCCUGAUAGCAAGUCUUGUCCUGCUGAGGAAAAUGUUGAAGCCAUAUGUCAGUUCUUUAACACAAUUGGUAAACAGCUUGAUGAGGGCCCAAAAUCACGGCGAAUUAAUGAUAUGUACUUCAGCCGAUUGAAGGAACUGAGCUCAAACGCACAACUGGUCCCGCGAGUGAGGUUCAUGCUUCGUGAUGUUCUUGAUUUGAGAUCAAAUAAUUGGGUCCCCAGGCGUGAAGAGGUAAAAGCCAAAACCAUCACUGAAAUACAUUCAGAAGCAGAGAAAAAUCUUGGAUUGCGUCCUGGUGCUACUGCAAGUAUGCGGAAUAGCCGCGGUGUCAUUUCUGGUGCUCAAGGGAAUACCGGCCCUGGGGGCUUCCCCCUUGCCCGACCUGGUGCUGGGGGUUUGAUGCCUGGAAUGCCAGGAACCAGGAAGAUGCCUGGGAUGCCCGGAUUUGAUAAUGACAAUUGGGAGGUACCUCGAAACAGGUCAGUGCAGAGGGGUGCUGGGUCAGUUGUGCAGCCUGUUGGUCGUGGCCAGUCACCACUAAUUGGGAAGUCAGCAUCACUGAGCACAAGGCUCUUACCUCAGGGUAGUGGUGGCUUUAUAAGUGGGAAGACUAGUGCCCUAUUGCAGGGCAGUGGACCCCCUCCUGCUCGCCUUCCUAAUUUUGGUUUGGGUGCAGAGCCUGCACCACAGGUCUCUGUACCUGCUAAACCAGUUCCUGCUGCAUCUGCACUUCCACUCGCUGAGAAGCCACAGGCUCCAGCUUCAAGGUUGAAUUCAGAUGAUCUUCGAAGAAAAACGAUCUCUCUUCUGGAGGAAUAUUUCAGUGUGCGGCUUUUGGAUGAAGCAUUGCAGUGCGUGGAGGAACUAAAGUCUCCAGCAUACCACCCCGAAUUUGUCAAGGAAGCAAUCUCCCUUGGACUAGAGAAAAGUCCUCCAUGUGUUGAACCGGUUGCGAAGCUUCUGGAGUACCUACUUGACAGGAAGGUUCUCACAGCUAGAGAUAUAGGCACCGGAUGCUUGCACUAUGGCUUGAUGUUGGAUGAUGUUGGAAUUGACUUACCUAAAGCGCCAAAUAAUUUUGGUGAAAUUAUUGGGAAACUUGUUUUGGCUGGGGGAUUGGAUUUUAUGGUGGUGAAGGAGGUCCUUAAGAAGGUGGAAGAUGACCGGUUCCAGAAAGCAAUAUUUGAGGCAUCAUUUCUGAUUGUUAAUUCCUCUCCUUCUGGACAAGGUGUGCUGGAUUCACAAGUAUCCGAUAUCGAGGCCUGCCGGAGUCUACUCCAGUAAGCCUACUGUUUCUCUGGAUGAGUGCAUCAGAUUUCAUAAGCAGAUGUACCUCCGGAGCUCACUUUCACUACAGAAUGCCCUUACCCGUUGUCCUCUCCUCUGAGGAAAGCAAUUUGCACUACCAAGUAUGUGAUAAGGGGGAGCUGCAGAAGCUGGUGAUUUUUAUGAGGCUGUAUAUUUUCCCGAGGUCAUACCGUUGUGUUAUUGAGGAAAGAAAUCAAAACAUAAAUGCCAUGGAUUUUGUUCUCUGAGUUUUGGCUAAUCAUAUGCCAACAUAGCUCGAGAAGAGUGGCCCUUAUUAAGGGAUCCAGUUGUUUUGUAUUCGAUUAGUUUUUCAUUCAUUUUUUUAUUGUCUUGACUGAGUAACCUUUAGUUUAUUUUUGAACUGGCUCGCCCAUAAA